AUUUGUUUUUUGUCAUCCCCGCAGUCCAGUUUUCUUUCUUUGAAACGCACGAUUUUGUGUUUUGCAGUUACAAGUAUACAUACUGGAUGUAAUUGUUCUAAACAAGUUCGAUAGUGCAUGAGUGCACUUAUAUCCCCGACGCAGCAACAACAUAUUUCUUGUGCCAAUGCCAUCCAUCUUCCGAGAAAGGAAAGAUGGAUAUUCAUGUAGAAUACGGAAUUGGUUUGAUCGCUGACGUGGGUGGAUGUUUGUAACAAAAUUAAUUCAACCUGCGCACGUCUGUGUUGAGUUACUAAGAAUUGCUACACUGUUCAAAAUCCUGCUGCUAAUCAGCUUAACGCGUUUUGUUUGAUACCCAAUAGCCAUGUUGUCCUGUACUUAACUACCGACCGAAUUUUCCUACACUCUCCCUCAUAAGAACUAUAAACUUAGCGACGUAGCAUAACAUGAGAGAUAUCGUCUAAAAGAUACCGAGGACUUUUGAAUGAUGCAUCACCUGUUUCUUUUUUCCGCUUCUCACUAAUAAGGGAAAGGGGGGAAAAAAGCAAACGGGACAACCGACCGAGGCCUUAAAGCUCAUAAGCGACUUAUCGCUUAUGUCCUCUAUACAUGUGAGCUUCUGUCACGUCUCCUUUUAUUCGCGAUUUCUCUUCCAUCUUCUUGUCUUUCUUCUUUUUAUUUUGCAUCGCUCGACGCGGUCCAAAUGUUGGCUGGAGGACUGGCGUGGGCGGCCAUUACAGGCGUCGGAUUGGCGGCUCCCCGUACGCCUUUACAGAUCCAGAGAGCCACGUUAGGUAGCAUCCAGCCGAUCAGGACCGUGGAGAGGACCAACCGAGAUUGCGACCUCAACGCCCUGGCUCGUGUCAUGGACGACACUUACUGUGACAAGUACUACGUUUGCUCUGACGGCAAAUAUGUCGGUCUCUUCUGUCCUGUUGGCAUGGCCUUUGACUACGGCCUGCAGGAGUGCCACCUCAAGCAACGCGUCGACUGUUCCAAACGCCCUCUCUUCUUCAGUGACAGCCUUUUGUCGGGAACGGAAGCAACUACUUCGACAACGCAAACUACGACACAAACUCCUGGUCGAAUGACGUCACCACCAGUCACAGUUACUACCCCAGCACCGAAUUCACUGCCAGGACAAAUGACCGGAUCUUUGAUGAUGCUGCCAUUUGGAGCUACAGUAACGAUUCCGUUCGGAUCGACCAUUUUCUUGCCAUCAGGUUCGCAGAUUCAAAUGCAACAGCAACAACAGACAGUUUCAACGCAGGAGCAAUCGCAUCAGCAUCACGAACAACCGACAUCUGCAGUGCCGGGGCAUUCGCAUCAUCACCACCAACAUCGUUCCGGUUCUGCUUCGUCCGAUGUUGUUGAUGCCAUGAAUGCUCCCGGUAAUAUAGAAUCACAAUCAGCUAAUAGCAAUACUGAUUUCGAUUACUAUUUCGAUGACGAAGGCCUGUCAGAUGCUUCAGCAACCCCUGUCGGCGGCCAGUGAUGCUGCUGCAGAGCAAAUAGGGCGGGAGCUGACCGCCGGGAGUGAUUCUAAAUGGUUGUAUAGUCGUGUAAUAAAUACACGCCACAAUCGCCGUACUAAUUUA